AUGGCACCGCGCAACGUCGCCAUCACCGCCGUGGACGGCAACACAGGCCACAGCAUCGCAGAGCUGCUCCUCACCGACGAGACCUUCUCCACGAAGAUCGACUCCAUCACCGGCAUCACCCUUCACCCAUCUGCCGCCAAAUCGAAGGAGCUCGCCAAACUCGGCGUCAGCAUCGUCGCUCACAAGCACGGCCGCGAGCGUGACAUGGUCAAGCUCCUCAAGGACUCCGGCGCUGACACCAUCUGCCUGAUCCCACCAACUCACGCCGAGAAGUUCGACAUCACCGUCGAACUUCUCGGCGUGAGUUAA